UGUCCCUCCCCUGCCCCCUCCCUGCAGGUGACCCUUGUCCAGCCUGCCUGCCACAAGAAGGCUGGGUCCCCCCUUCCUCUGCGUGUCUUUUGUGUCUCCUGUCCUGCCAUCAGGUAAUGCUAACCCCAACCCCCUGGACCACUCACUCUGACCCCCUGGUUGUAAGCCAGGUCAGAUGUCAGAGGGGAGCCCUGUUCUGGCUUCUUUUCCUCAACAGGGCUUCUUCUUUCUUGUUCAUUGAUUACAGAACUGGGGGUGCUGACAGUUAAUGCUUGCCAGAGUGGGGAAUCAGAGCUCUUAUGCUUCCCAGGGUGGGCAUCGCUAAGAAGUCUCUUUCCUGAAUACAUCUGGGAUUGCCACUUAACCUGCCUCCCCCUCUAACUCCCAGUUUAGGGACACCUUGACUCAACUCUCCAGGGAAUGUGGGGAUGGGGUUGGAAACAGAUGCAGCUAAGGACCUCCAUGAGGAGGUCCGUCAGGAGAAGGCCUGCAUGGCCCUGAGUGGGUUAUGGGCUAUAUAUUUAAGAGGAAAAGCUGAGCACAGGUGCUUAACCAUGUGGCUUCCUCAGGGCAGAGGGUGGCCCCUCCCCAGUCAGGGCCCAGCAGAGACUGACUUUUGACCCCCCCAUCCCAGAGACCAGUGAACCAUUAACUCCUAUAUGAACCUUCCCACACUUGCCCCACCCCUGACUCCACCCCAAAGCAGGUGGGCUAAGGGGAAACCUAUCCAUUUCAGCCCUCUAUGUGACGUGGCUUCCACUGCAUCUGAAGGCUGAGUGAGCUCCCUGACUCAGAGAUCUCUUAAGGUGCACAGUAAGGCCUUCCAGGGACCUGAGGUGACGGCUCUCACACUGCCAGUAGGGGGUACAAUCUUCAGGAUGUCCCAAAGGACAUAGACGUCAGAACCAGAGCCUCUAGCCCAUAGUCCUAGUGAUGGCGCCCCCAGUGCAUCAUCUGCUGGCUGGCCUGUGUGUGGGGGUGGCCUUGGGCUGGGUAGGAGGCUCAGUCCCAAACCUGGGCCCAGCCCAACAAGAACAGAACCACUACCUGGCCCAGCUGUUUGGUCUAUAUGGAGAGAAUGGGACACUGACUGCAGGGGGCCUGGCUCGGCUUCUCCACAGCCUAGGACUAGGCCGAGUCCAGGGGCUCCGUCUGGGACACCACGAGCCUCCAACUGGGCGGGCUGCACCCACAAGUGGCGACAAUUUCACACACAGGCUUCAAGAACUGGAGCUGAGUGUGGAUGUCUGGGCAGGAAUGCCUCUGGGCCCUUCAAGUUGGGGUGAUCAAGAGGAGUCAAAGGCCCCUGACCUGCAUGGGUCAGGGCCCUCGGGCCUAGACCUCUUCCAGAGGCUUCUGCUGCUGGACCAUUCGUUGGCUGACCAUCUGAAUGAAGAUUGUCUGAAUGGCUCCCAGCUGCUGGUCAAUUUUGGUCUGAGCCCUGUUGCUCCUCUAACUCCUCGUCAGUUUGCUCUGCUGUGCCCAGCCCUGCUUUAUCAGAUUGACAGCCGUGUUUGCAUCAAAACCCCAGCUCCAGCACCUCCAGGGGAUGUACUUUCUGCCCUGCUUCACAGUGGCCUGGCAGUCCUGUUCCUCAGCCUCCCUGCUCCCCUCUCUCUGCUGCUGCUGCGGCUCCUGGGACCUCGUCUGUUGCGGCCUGUGCUGGGCUUCCUGGGGGCCCUGGCCGUAGGCACUCUCUGUGGGGAUGCCAUGCUACACCUGCUGCCACACGCACAAGGAGGGCGGCACACAGGACCUAAUGAGCGAGCAGAGGAAGAUCUGGGUCCAGGGCUGUCAGUGCUUGGUGGCCUCUUCCUGCUCUUCGUGCUAGAGAAUACGCUAGGACUUGUGCAGCACAGAGGGCUCAGGCCAAGAUGCUGCAGGAACAAAAGGGAUCUUGGAGAACCAAACCCUGACCCAGAGGAUGGCAGUGGGAUGGUCCUUCGACCCCUACAGGCAGCUUCAGAGCCAGAGGUUCAGGGCCAGAGGGAGAACAGCCAGUCCCCAUCAUCUCCAGCCCCUCCUGGGCACCAAGGCCACAGUCAUGAGCACCAGAGUGGCAGUAUCGCAUGGAUGGUCCUCCUGGGAGAUUGCCUGCACAACCUCACUGACGGGCUCGCAUUAGGUGCUGCCUUCUCCGAUGGCUUCUCCAGUGGCCUCAGCACUACCCUAGCAGUCUUCUGCCACGAGUUGCCCCAUGAACUAGCUGCCAACCCUGCUCCGUCCUCCUGAGCGCCCGCCCGUGCUCCAUGUGCUGCUGCAGGGGCUGGGGCUGCUGCUGGGGGGCAGCCUCAUGUUUACUAUAGCCCUGUUGGAGGAACAGCUACUGCCCAUGGUUCCUGAUGGCUGAUGUGGACCAGUGGCAAAGGAUCCAGGUUGCCCUUCCUUCCCCCCACCACAGGAAUGGAGGCGGGACACAGGGCCAGUAGGAGCAAUAGGAUUUUAAUAAACAGAACCCAUCC